GAGAGGGGAGGAUCUCACAUCCUUUAACGGGCGAUUAUUUGCCCGGAGCCGGUGGACAGCACACACACACCGACAGGGAACGGACGCACGAAAGUGAUUUUAAAAUUUUUAAAUUUCACCAUCGUUUGUUUUGAUAUAUUUUUUAAAUUUAUUUUGGACAUAAAACUUCGAACGGACACGAGCUGAGUGCGUCAUGUCGUCGGAGGCGCCAGAAUAAUUAAAGAGCAGCGUGACACCGAGGAGUCCCGCUGGGAUCUGAGACGGAAGAAUUUGGCGUCCCAGCGGUGUAGACCGACCCACGACAUCCGGUCCCCUUGCAGCCCUGAAGGGGACCAGCUUUUUGACUUCACGUGGACUAAACGAGUCACACAUCACCUGAUUGGACGCCGCCUCAGUUCGUCCGGCCCACAGGCCUUUGUUUCUUCCAGCUUCAAAUUCUUUUUUUUCUCUCUUGUAUCUUGGACUUGAGGUUCUGCCUUUAAAAAUCAGAUGACGAUGCUGUCGUAACUCAGUUUUCUGUCCGAAAAUAUGGAAAUGUUUUCCGCCACCACCGCUGAGAAGGUGGAUUAUUGAAAGGAGUCUGGUGCAGCUUUUUGGGAGAAUUUAAAUGGAUGUUCGCUGCUGUUGAAACACACGUGAAGGCGCAUCUGUAAUCUUGUGGAAUAACAGUGUGAGUCUGUAAAGUGUUUAUCCUGCAUUCAGACACAUUUUCAUUUAAAUGAGGAGUGCUGCAGAGGAGCUCGUUUCUAAAACAUCUGUACGGACAAAGAAUAUUUACAAGCAGAAAGAAAGAUAUGUAUAUUUUUGGAUUUCCUGCAUUUUUCUGAUCCAAUUUCCAGAUUUUGGACCAUUCAGUAAAAAAAAAUAUAGAGACUCUGCUUUUAGUACAACUUAAAAGCACAAUAUUUCCUUUGUUGUCGUUUUUUUUUUUAUUAAUUUGCUGAUGGUGUAGUACGUUUCUCAUUUUCAGGCACAUAAUUUGGACAAAAAUCAUUUUGUAUGUCCAGUUUCUGCUGUCACGCCUCAAAAGUGGAACAUCCUGUGAUUUACGUCAAUUAAUGUCUAAACCAGGUGUUGGUGAGGCUAACCAGUCGCUGCCGCUGUUUCCAGUUCAAUUAACCUCAUCAUUAACUUUUGGCAUUCAGGUACUUUGUGCACUUUUUAGGAAAGCAUUUUAAUGACAUUUCAUCUAAUAAGAAUGCUAAUGUAUGCCAUUUCACGUUUUAUUGAAGAUCAAAUCAAACCAAGCUUUAUUUGUCAUUGCAUGAAUACAGUGUAUUGACACAACAAAAUUCAAGGUGCCACUCAAGAUCAGUGCUUUUAUAAAAAGAAAUAAUUUAUAAAAUAUGUAACAAACAAACACUCCCCAUCCCCUCCAUACAUUUUACUCUCUCUUUUCUCUCUCCCACACACACUCACCCACCCACAUAUACUGAUGCUAACGGCCAGUCCUUCAUAAACACACCCAAGACUAUCUGCAGAAAGUGACAGUUAUAUUCCAGAAGAGGUGCAGAUUAUAAUGAAUGUUUCCUCAACAACUAUCUAUGUAAACUGUUUUUAAAAUUUACUUCUUCAGGCAAUUCUAUGAGGUUCUUUGAUACCAUUUUCUUGAUAAUUUCAUCAUGAAAGCAGAAAUCUUUUUAAUGUCCGUUUACAUUUUGUGAAGCAUUGAAACAAACCUGACACCGAUCACAGCUAUUAUUUUGGAAGUUUUUUUUUUUAAGGAUGUUGUGACUUUACCGGACUUAAAUGCAUCAGUAUUCAAGUGAAGCGGCCGAACUUGCAGCUCUCUUUGACUGCUGUUAACACCUUCUAUUACAUGAUUUUAUUUUGUUAGUUCCCACCUUGGAAUACAGCCCACAGAAUCGCAAUGUCAGCAUUUUAAUCUGCAUAUAAUUUUUUAUCACCGAAUGUGAUUAAAGUGCCAGAAUUUGGCUUACUGACCCCAGAGAGACGAGCCACAGGCCUGCCAAGUUUCACGGCGACCAGAGGACAACAGGACGUCACUGACAUCCCGUCCUGCACACCUGAAAUCACCUCUGCCUGCUUCGGUGGGGGGGGACGGGAACUCUCAUCCCGUCCCGUCAGCGUCAUGGUGAUGUCGCAGGGCACCUACACCUUCCUGGCGUGUUUCGCCGGCUUCUGGUUGGUCUGGGCCGUCAUCGUCAUGCUCUGCUGUUUCUGCAGCUUCCUGCAGCGCAGGCUGAAGCGCCACCACGAGGAGAGGCUGAGGGAGCAAUGUCUGCGCACUGUAGAGAUGGAGCCACUCAGCUGUCCCCCCACAGGAUACCCGCCGCCUCCUCCACCGCCGCCGCUUUCACCCCCACCACCACCUUUACAGCUGCCCAGGGAGCCGCCACAGUUCUGCGCCCCCGAAACCCUGUCGCCGCCUCUUCCUCUGCAGGUCCCUCAUCCCAUGCCGCAAGCAAACUGGGUCAGCAUACCAGACACAGACAUAUUUGGGAAGCCGCCCUGCUAUGAGGAUGCAGUUCUGAUGGAGGAUCCUCCUCCGCCCUACAGUGAAGUAUUGGCCGACCCGCGGGGGGGCACCUACCUGAAGCCUGCCCCACUCCGAGCCGCACCAUCUGCGCCCCCGCCUCUGAGGGAACACCAGGAUCCUGCUCCAGUGUUCACAUCCGAGACCAGCAAGCCUCCAGUGAGGUCUGUGUUCCCCGAGCGAGGUUACUCCUCCCUGAUACGCCUGCCAUCGUCCCAGCGCUGGGACUCCCUGGGUCAUCUCUUGUCCAACAUGGACCUGAACUACAACAACCUCAGCCCACAGGGGGCCCGUCCUAUCCAGGCUGCCACUGCGAUGGCUACCAUGCCCCGCCGAGAGCCCAGGAUUCACCACGAUGGACUUGGGCUCAGAGGUGGAACACAAGGGCUCCAAGGAAGCAUACAAGGACUUCAAGGAGGCAUACAAGGACUCCACGGAGGCAUACAAGGACUCCACGGAGGCAUACAAGGAAUCCACGGAGGCGUACAAGGAAUCCACGGAGGCGUACAAGGAAUCCACGGAGGCGUACAAGGAGUCCACGGAGGCAUACAAGGACUUCGAGGGGGGAUACAGGGGUUCCAGGGAGGGUUACAAGGUCUUCAGGGGGUCCAUGGACUGAGGGGACUCGAACCCAGCUGUGGCCUCCCAACAGCCUUCCCCCUGCUGGGUCGUAGCACCGCUGUCUAGACUGGGAUGCUUACUGGAGGAGUCUUAACUAACCACUAAGGUGGUUCAUCUCUAAAGAGCCUUCAAGCAGGGGAUCUCUAAAGACAGACUUUCUGUCUGUGUGCCUCCUUUGCUGCUCCGUGUUUACAGCACUAACACCGUUAGUAGUAGAGAUUUAAUUCCCCAAAGAGCUAAAAGAGGGUUAAAGUGCUACCAAGGUUACCUUGCACGGUAGCUGAAUUCUCGCGAUAUCACGCGAGAAUCGCGGGAUCACAUAUCACGAAAAUCCAUCUCUGUCAGGCUCCAACCUAUCGCGUUUGGGUCUGAACUAUAGCUGUCCGGUGAGGAGAUACUGGCAGCUACGGCCGUGGUUAAGGUGUGUGUGACGGCCGCGACUGUUGGUUCAAAAGAACAAUGGCGGACGUGAUAGACAGAUGGUUCCUUCCAUUACCUGCCAGGUAUUUUUUUGAAAGUGCCUGCCCUUUCCCAAACAGUUUCCAAUGACGGCUUCUCGGAUGGCUUUGUGUUAACAAACCAUCUGGUUACUGCAAAGACGCCAGGAGUUUGACUUCCCCAUGCAGCCCUGUGGACUUACUCAGCUGGGACUGUGACUUUUAGCUCUGUGUGUAAGUAAAGGAGGAAAUUACACACCAUUUGACACCUGUGUUGUUGAGUUACAGAUGCAUCCUGAUGUCACAUUAAAGCUAAUCGAGUCCCAGGUUCCUUUGAACAGCCGAGCAGAGAAAAGGAGCAGUUACGAGCAACAGGCACGUUUCUCCACCUUUCGAUUUCAUUUCUCCCUCCCCUCCUCUCGUCUCUCUGUGCCGGAGCCAACCUAUUGUAGCAGUCUGCCGUUGCCAUGGCUCCUGGGAACUGUAUGUUACCCACGAGGACCUCUCCUCUUUUAUCUGCUUUGAUUUUUUCCGAAGACUCUGUUCACAGCUUGUCUCGUCUCAAGGACUGUGAGUACUAACAGUUACAAAGGAGCAUGUGGUGACCCUUCGCUUGGACUCUGCCACGGCGUUUGUGACGUUAGAGCCCGAAGGCCAGUUUUCACAGUGAGACAAAACUAAAAAAGGUAGAGUACAACAAGCUCUCCAGAGAGCCGAGUGUCCUUGGUUUGUAUUUUGUAACAUGCUGCUUCGUUGUUUUCAAUGUCUUUACUACAAAUUGUCUGGGUGUGCGGGUCCUUCUUGUAGUCACAGAAUGACGUCUGCUGGGUCAUUCAUGUGGAAGAAACAUAAUUUUUCAUGUACAAAUUUAUUAUCAUUCUUUUAAGCUUUGUCUAAAAUACAUUUUCUCUUUGUGAAAUAAAAGAACAUCUUCAGCUGCUAGGGUUCUUUCAAUAUUUUAUAAAUUUAUGGAGUUAAAACAAAAGCCAAAAUGGGAACAGCUAAUUGGGAACAGUCUGUAUUUAUGCUCACCGUUAUAUGCCAUAAAAUGUUGGAUUCCUCCCUCUGGAGCCAAAAAAAUUAAAGCCAUUAACUUCA